UGGGGUUUGGGAAUAAAUAGGGUCCCUGGUCCACUAGACUGUCACAUUCUCACAAUGGCUUUCCUCUGGUUCGUGUCCUGUCUCGCCUUCAUCAGCGCCGCCUACGGCUGCGGCAUCCCCGCCAUCAAGCCCGAGGUGUCUGGCUAUGCCCGCAUCGUUAAUGGUGAGGAGGCUGUGCCCCACUCCUGGCCCUGGCAGGUAUCUCUGCAGCAGACCAGCGGCUUCCACUUCUGUGGGGGAUCCCUGAUCAACGAGAACUGGGUGGUCACCGCCGCUCACUGCAACGUCGCUACCUACCACCGCGUGAUUGUUGGAGAGCACAAGAAGGGCAGUGGCAACAACGCUGAGGACAUCCAGAUCCUGAAGCCAGCUAAGGUGUUCACCCACCCCAAGUGGAACCCCAGUACCAUCAACAAUGAUAUCUCCCUGAUCAAGCUGUCCACCCCUGCUGUCCUGAACACCAAUGUGUCCCCGGUGUGCCUGGCUGAGACCGCCGACGUCUUUGCACCUGGCAUGACCUGUGUGACCUCCGGCUGGGGUCUGCUGCGCUACAAUGCUAUCAACACCCCUAACCAGCUGCAGCAGGCUGCUCUGCCCCUGCUGUCCAACGAGCAGUGCAAGGAGCACUGGGGGAGCAGCAUCUCCGACGUCAUGAUCUGUGCCGGUGGUGCUGGUGCUACCUCCUGCAUGGGUGACUCCGGUGGCCCCCUGGUCUGUGAGAAGGACAACGUCUGGACCCUGGUCGGUAUUGUGUCCUGGGGCAGCAGCCGUUGCUCCACCACCACCCCCGCUGUGUACGCCCGCGUCACCGAGCUCCGUUCCUGGGUGGACCAGACCCUGGCCGCCAACUAAGAGCCAUGCUGCAGCGUCCCUGUCCAUACUGUAUAUUGCUAUGUCAUUUUAUGCAUUGUUAUGUCAUACUAUGUAUUGCUAUGUCAUUCUAUAUAUUACUAUGUAAUGUACAACACCUAAACAUUAGCUACCAGGACUGAGAGUGCCACCCAUUGGUCUGAACUGAACAUGACAUUCAAUAAACAUACUUGAACAUAAAAAAA